AUGGCGGGAAACGAGUGGAUAAACGGGUAUCUCGAGGCCAUAUUGGACAGCGAAGACAACAACAUUAACAGUAAUAGUAUUAUUAAUAGUAGUAAUGUUAAUGGGGUGAGGGGAAAGGGUGAUUUUAAUCCGACGAAGUACUUUGUGGAGGAAGUGGUGAGCGGGGUGGAGGAGAGUGAUCUGCACAGGACAUGGAUCAAAGUGGUCGCCACGAGGAACACCCGACAGAGAAGCUCGAGGCUCCAGAACAUGUGCUGGCGCAUUUGGCAUCUUGCUCGAAGAAAAAAACAGUUGGAGCUGGAGGUUUUUCAGCAGAUGUCAAACAGAAAGUGGGAACGAGAACAAGGUCGUAAGGAUGUGACGGAGGACAUGUCCGAAGAUUUAUCUGAAGGAGAUGUAUUAGGAGACGCAUUAACGGUCGACAGCCCCAUGAAAAAAUUCCAACGCAACUUCUCCAACUUGGAAGUUUGGUCGGACAGUAAUAAAGAAAAAAAGCUUUAUAUUGUUCUUAUAAGUUUACAUGGCCUUGUUCGUGGUGAAAAUAUGGAGCUUGGACGGGAUUCGGAUACUGGUGGUCAGAUAAAAUAUGUGGUAGAGUUGGCUAAAGCCCUUGCCAAAACACCAGGUGUAUACAGAGUGGAUUUGCUGACUAGGCAAAUUUCGUCAGCCGAAGUAGAUUGGAGUUAUGGUGAGCCGACAGAGAUGCUUACUACAACAAGUGAGGAUAGUGAAGUAGGUGAAAGCAGUGGAGCAUACAUUGUACGGAUACCCUUUGGUCCUUCCGAAAAGUAUCUAAGAAAAGAGCUGCUAUGGCCUUACAUCCCAGAGUUUGUUGAUGGGGCAUUAUCUCACAUUCUUAAUAUGUCCAAGGCUUUGGGAGAACAAAUUGGUAAGGGAAAACCCGUUUGGCCCUACGUUAUUCACGCUCAUUAUGCAGAUGCUGGAGACAGUGCUGCUCUUCUCUCAGCUGCUUUAAACGUCCCAAUGGUUUUAACCGGACACUCUCUGGGAAGAAACAAGCUUGAACAACUUCUUAAACAAGGGAGGCAAUCCAAACAAGACAUUAAUUCCACGUACAGGAUUAUGAGGAGGAUAGAAGCUGAAGAACUUUCUUUAGAUGCUGCUGAGCUUGUUAUCACGAGUACCAAGCAAGAGAUUGAUGAACAAUGGGGAUUAUAUGAUGGGUUUGACGUGAAGCUGGAGAGAGUUUUGAGGGCUCGUGCUAGGCGUGGGGUCACUUGCCAUGCUCGCUUUAUGCCUAGGAUGGCCGUUAUUCCUCCAGGGAUGGACUUUAGCAAUGUUGUCGUUCAAGAAGAUAUUGGUGAGAAUGAUGCCGAACUUUCAUCACUAAUCAAUACUAAUACGAAUGAAGGGUCAUCACCUAAAGCAGUCCCUGCUAUAUGGUCUGAAAUUAUGCGUUUUCUGACAAAUCCACACAAGCCGAUGAUUCUUGCAUUAUCACGGCCUGAUCCGAAAAAGAAUUUAACAACUCUUAUUAAAGCUUUUGGAGAAUGUCGUCCACUACGAGAGCUAGCUAAUCUUACUCUUAUAAUGGGGAAUAGGGACGAUAUCGAUGAAAUGUCUGGAGGAAAUGCUAGUGUGCUAACAACUGUAUUGAAGCUGAUCGACAAGUACGACCUCUAUGGCCAAGUGGCUUUUCCUAAGCAUCACAAGCAAAACGAUGUUCCUGAAAUAUACCGUUUGGCUGGCAAGACAAAGGGCGUCUUUAUAAACCCGGCUUUUAUCGAGCCUUUUGGACUUACUUUAAUUGAGGCUGCUGCUCAUGGACUACCAAUAGUGGCAACUAAGAAUGGUGGACCUGUGGAUAUUCAUCGGGCUCUUAAUAAUGGUCUUCUAGUGGAUCCACACGAUGAACAAGCAAUUGGCGAUGCCCUUUUGAAGUUAGUCUCGGAAAAGAAUUUAUGGAACGAGUGCCGAAGGAAUGGUUUGAAAAACAUUCAUCUUUUCUCAUGGCCCGAACAUUGCCGAACAUAUUUGACAAGGAUCGGCUCAUGUCGAAUGAGGCACCCUCAAUGGCAAACCGACACUCCUCCCGAUGAACAUCACGUUGCUCAUGAUUCCCUCAAUGACUCACUUAAAGACAUGUCUUUGCGCCUAUCUGUUGAUGGCGAAAAAACAUCAUUAGAUGAAGCUGUUGUCGAUGAUAACCCUGAGAUGAAGGACCAUGUUAAUAAUGUCCUGAGCAAAAUGAGGACAGGAGAUCCUAAUGCUGCCGAAAAGUAUCCAUCAUUCUUAACAAGGCGUCGUAAACUUUUUGUGAUAGCCCUUGAUUGCUAUGACGCUAAAGGAUUGCCCGAUAAAAAGAUGGUUGAUUUAAUCCGAGAUAUUUUGGAGGCUGUUAAGAUGGAUUCGGAGAGUGGGAGAUGUUCGGGAUUUGCAUUAUCUACAGCUAUGCCAGUUGAGGAAUUGAUCGAGGUUUUGAAAACGGGGAAUAUUGAAGUGAAUGAAUUCGAUGUAUUGAUAUGCAGUAGUGGUAGUCAAGUGUACUAUCCUGAGGAUGGAAAGCUGCAGCUUUGUCCUGAUCCAGAUUACGCGUCACAUAUCGAGUAUCGAUGGGGUUUAGAUGGUGUGAAGAACACAAUCUGGAAGCUAAUGAACAUGUCAUCAGAAGUUGCUAAAUCUGAUUCUUCUCCACCUGUCAUUGAGGAAGAUGUUAAAUCAAGCAAUGCACAUUGUCUUUCAUAUUUGAUCAAGGAUUUGAGCAAGGCAAAAAAGGUGGAUGAUUUGAGACAGAAACUAAGAAUGAGAGGUCUACGCUGCCAUUUAAUGUAUUGUAGAAAUUGCACAAGAAUGCAAGUUGUUCCUCUAAUGGCCUCUCGCUCACAGGCACUAAGGUACCUCUUUGUCCGUUGGCAAGUUAACGUGGCUAAUAUGUACGUGGUUCUGGGAGAAACAGGUGACACAGAUUAUGAGGAAAUGAUAUCUGGAACACAUAAGACUCUCAUUUUGAAAGGGGUCGUUGGAAAAGGUUCGGAAGAGAUGGUCCGAACCACCGGAAGUUUCCUACGAGACGAUAUAGUUCCGACAAACAGCCCGUUGGUUGCCGAAAUAGGUAAAACAGAGGAAAUAAUGAACACAUUAAGGCAAAUCUCCAAAGUGAUGUGA